UUGUUAAGUUUGGCAUUCAUGGCGGCUUUGAAAGUGUAUAUAAUUAUAAUGACAAUGCCUUCUUACACCAGCUUGGAAAGGAGAGUGACGUUGAGAUCCUUUGGUGCAGAGCUUGUCCUCACUGAUCCAGCCAAAGGAAUGGGUGGAACCAUUAAGAAAGCUUAUGACCUCCUUGAGAAUACUCCUUAUGCUCAUAUGCUGCAACAGUUUGUUAAUCCAGCAAACACUCAUAUUCAUUAUGAUACUACUGGUCCUAAGAUUUGGGAAGAUACGCUUGGGAAUGUCGAUAUCUUCGUGAUGGGAAUUGACAGUGGAGGCACAAUCUCUGGUGUUGGCCAAUACCUUAUAUCAAGGUGA